CUUCAUUCUUCAAUUUAUAAAGAGUUAUUAAUGUAUACAAUGAAACAAAAUAGGAUUACCAUCCUAUCUACAGUGACAACAUCACAACCCAGGUAGGAAGCAAAAUAGGCCCGACUUGUCUCGCAAGUGCUUGCGUGCUGUUAACUGUGGAGCUGCCACGUACCCCCCUUUGCAUGCCAGUCCCCUAUUGCUAUGCGGCCACGCCCAUCUCCUUCACCAUCCUCGUCAUCCAACCCCUCUCCUCUAUCUCUACUCUCUCUCCUCUCUCUCUCUCUCUCCGCCCUAUAUACAUCUCUCACUCCUCUUUUGCUACCCUCAUUCAACACCAAAUCUUCUUCUCUCUCUAGAAAAUUUCACAUCAUGGGUAGUGUUUGUGCAGAGCAGCAACACAAGCUCCACGCCUCCCACCAACUCCUUCUCCACAAAAAAUCACUCCGAGAGAUCGACAUUCCGCCGCGAAAACUCCUCAGCCGCCGCGCCACCGCCGCCAACGAUUCUUUUUCCGACAUGUUCUCUGACUCCCCGAGGACUGCCGAGGAAACCCUCCUCCAGAAAUUCCUUCCCUAUAAUGGCGGCGAUGACGAUGAUGAUGACGAUCCUUACUCUUCGGACACCUUCCGGAUGUAUGAGUUUAAAGUCAGGCGGUGCAGUCGUAGCCGAAGCCAUGACUGGACGGACUGUCCUUUUGCUCAUCCCGGCGAAAAAGCUCGCCGGAGAGAUCCCAGACGGUACAAUUAUUCUGGUACCGUCUGCUCUGAUUUUCGUCGCGGCAGUUGUAGCCGAGGCGAAAAUUGCGAGUUUGCACACGGGGUGUUUGAGUGUUGGCUCCACCCGGCUCGGUAUCGUACCGAGGCCUGUAAGGACGGUAAGAAUUGCAAGCGGAAGGUAUGUUUCUUCGCUCACUCGCCUCGGCAGCUCCGCCUGUUGCCGCCACCAUCCGACGGCAAUUCUCCUCCUGCGCCGCCGCAAGUGUAUUCUCCGGCGGCGGAGAGGAUGUACCGGAAUUCGAACCAUUGCUGUUUGUUUUGUCACUCGGUCGCAGCUUCUCCGACUUCUACACUAACGGGUGUGUCUCAUUCGUCGCCACCAUUGUCGCCGUCGCUGUCUCCGCCUCUCUCGCCAGUGAAAUCGAGGUCGAUGAGCGGGCUUUCCCCAAUAUCGCGGUACGGGAGUGGCGAAAGGUGUGGAUUGAGUCAGUUCAAUCCUGGUGCUGUGAAUUACAAAGAUGAGUUGAAUGAGAUAAUGAAUUCUUUGGAGUCUAUGAAUGUCAAUGAAACUCCAAAUUCAGCUACCAACAAGAGAAAUCUUUCGUGGGUCGAUGUUAAUUUCAACAAUGGUGAUGAUCAACCUCAGUUCAAUCUCUCUCCAUCGAGCUCAAGCCCUUCUGUGUCUAGAGAUCGAUUCAGUUCAAUCAAGACCUUCAUUGAUGACAAGCUCAAUGACAAUGGUUUGGCUUGCCCUGAUCUUGGUUGGGUCAAUGAUCUUUUGACGUAAAUUAUUAUGAUGAUGAUGAUGAUGAAAAGAUGAAGCAGAGGAUGAAGAUCGUCUGCAUAUAUAGUCAUGCACGAUCCAUAUAUAUAUUUGAUCAAGCAUAUAUAUAUAUAUAUGUGUGUGUGUGUGUGUGAUUUGGUGUGUUUAUUGUUUUUACUCAGAUCUUCUUCGCAAGUCUAUUCCUUUUAUCUGUAAGUGUUUAACUCAAGAGUGUGAUUUUGACGUCUUUUUUUAAAUAAGAGAGAUUGUUUUGAUGUAUUGAA